UUAGCUAGCUUCUGGUGUCAGCUCUGCAGAGUUUUGUCGGAGGAUAGACUGGAGUGGAGUGCGGUGUAUCAUGGCCGCCUGACUGAGAUACAUUUACCCACACUUUUUUCCUCAAAUUUUGGGGGAAACGCAUUUGUAUAAUAAAAACUUGCACGUUUUCUUUGGGUUUAAAGCUAAAUUAUCAGAAACGGGAUUUAUCAUUCAUGUCAAAGCUUAAAUAUGCAGCCACCACCGAGGAAGGUCAAAGUCACUCAAGAACUGAAGAACACUCAUGCUGAGCAGAUGGCCAAACUCAGUAUGAAACAUCAGACUGAGUGUGACCUACUGGAAGACCUGAGGACAUACAGUCAGAAGAAGUCGGCCAUAGAGAGAGACUAUGCACAGGCUCUGCAGAAGUUGGCCAGCCAUUACUUAAAGAGGGAAUGGCCGGGCAUGGCAGUGGAGGAACAAGGCCACUCUCAGAAUGUCUAUGCCGUGUGGAGGUCUUACCUGGAGAGCACCGUGCAGCUGGCCCAGGUGCGCAUGAACAACUGCGAGAACUACAAGAACAAGAUCUCGGACCCGGCCAAGUCUUCCCGGCUGUGCAAGGAGCAGCAGCUGAAGAAGUACAUUGACCAGCUGAGCUGCGUCCAGGUGGAGCUGCAGGACACCGUCAAAGAGCUGACCAAGUCCCGGAAGAAGUACAGCGAGGCGGAGCAGGUGGCCCAGGCCGUCAGGGAGAAGGUCGAGCUGGAGGCCAAGUCUAAGCUGAGUCUGUUUCAGUCCAGGAUAAGCUUACAGAAAGCCAGUGUGAAGUUAAAAGCAAAGCGGAGCGACUGCAAUGCGAAGGCCACACACGCCAGGAAUGAAUACCUUCUCACCCUGGCGGCCGCCAACGCUCACCACGACCGCUACUACGACACGGACCUGAUCAGCUGCAUCAAGGUCCUGGAUGGCAGCGUUUAUGAUCACUUUAAAGAUUAUCUGACGACGUUCUGCCGGGCCGAGCUGGAAAUGUUCCAGGCCAUCCGAAGCACGUUCCAGGCUGUCCUGGAAAAGUCCAGCAGGGUGACACAAGAAUUCAACCAGCAGGUGUUCCUGCAGGAGAAUCCGGUGUUCUGCAAUCCCCCAGCCUUCCAGUUCCAGCCCUGUGAAAGUGACACUGGCCGGCAGCUGCAGACGGAGACGGGGAGCGCGGCGGAGCACAGCCUGAACAAGGAGGCUCGCAAGUGGGCCACGCGUGCGGCCCGGGAGCACAAGAGCAUCAUCCACGGCCGGAGGGCUCUGGAGGAGUGUGAGACGCAGGGGCUGCGCCCGUCCGAACGUGACCCGGGCGACAUGGAGCAGAGGGUGGAGGAGGCCAGGAGAACCAUCCGACGGGCUGAGACGGUGAAGGUGAAGGCGGAGGCGCGGCUCAACCUGCUGCGGGACGCGGGCGUGUCGGUGGACACCUGGCUCAAGAGCGCCAUGAACCAGGUGAUGGAGGAGCUGGAGAACGAGCGCUGGGCCUCCCUGCCCACCCUGACCACACACGACCCCUCGCAGCCUACCGUCUGUGACGACGAGAGGGAGGAUGGCGAGGACCUGGAGGAGAGCAUGGAGACCUGUGACGACAGCAGCUCCAGUCCUUCUGGCACUUUAGGGCGCAACUACCCCCUCACCUGCAGAGUGGUGUACUCAUACAAGGCCUGCCAGGCAGACGAGCUGACCAUAGAGGAGCAGGAGGUGCUGGAUGUCAUUGAGGAUGGUGAUAUGGAGGACUGGGUGAAGGCGAGGAACCAGGCCGGCCAGGUGGGCUACGUCCCAGAGAAGUACCUGCAGUUCCCCACCUCCAGCAGCCUGCUGAACAUGCUGCAGACCCUGGCCGCCCUGGACGCGCGAUCGCACUCCUCCAGCAACUCCACCGAGCCUGAGCUGGCCUCAGGCAGCAUGAACGGGGAUGCCAACUUGAGCUUUGUGAAGGCCCUGUACGACUACGAGGGCCAGACGAACGACGAGCUGUCCUUUCCCGAGGGCGCCAUCAUCCACGUGCUCAACAAGGACAACCACGAGGACGACGGCUUCUGGGAGGGCGAGUUCAACGGGCGCGUGGGCGUCUUCCCCUCCGUGCUGGUGGAGGACCUGGCCGAGUCCGAGAACGGGGAGGAGAAGAGCGGCUCUGAAGCAGAGGUUUCCCCCUCCCAGUGCCCUCCCUGCCUCCUGCCCCCUCCGCCCCUGAGUGCCCAGUCUCCCUGCAGCCCAGACCGGAGCCCCCACCCCCCCCUCCAGCGGAGUGCCACCGUGUCUCUACCCGCCUCGCCCGUCAACGGGGAGAACCGCACCCCUCCCACGGCGGGGAAAGGCCCUGCCCUCCGCCACAGCAGCAGCUUCUCCCGGCCCCCGCGGUCCAUUUCAGAUGGAAGUCUGGGGAAACUACGCCCUGUAAGUGCGCCUGUGCGUGCGGCCCCCCCUCCCCCAAAGCAGCAGGCGCGCAGGCGGGUGGAGAAGACUGAGGAGGUGGAGAUCACGCUGGUGUGAAGCUGCAGCCCUGGUGACUCGCUGACUUAACUGGACCUGUCUCUUCAUUCUCAUGAGAAUCAGCUGGAGAGCCUCCAGCCUUUCUUCCCUCGGAGUCAGAAGAAGGCAGGCAGAAUCCGGAGUCACAAGUGUGUUUAGUGCCAUUCCUGCACAGCUCUACCCUUGGGCAUUUGUAGGUGGGCAUUUGAAUUGUAAAAUUCAAUCCCGAGAAAGAGGAACGAGUGUCAUUGAAAUGGAGCUGUAUGGAGGGUGAAGGAGGGUGAGGGGGGGGGGGGGGGCGGGUUUACAAGCACCGCUGCUUGUAGUCUGUCAUGUCGGUUGUAUUUAACGUGCAUAGUACAGUAUAUUACUGUUGUAGGAAUGUUCAAAACUGGUGCAAGGAAUUUCAUGUCCACGAUCAUACAAAAUACGUUCUUCAGGUGGUCCAUGGUAGAAGGUAAAAGGGGAUUAGGGGAUUGUACCAGGCUGCUGUGGGAGGAGAGGAGGCUGGAUCCUCAUUACUGGAUUUGAUUUUUGUGCCCUUUUUAUCACCCCCCCCCCCCCUCACAUCCAGAAUAAAAGGUUAUAUUGUCUCAUCAAGGGAAAGUGGCAAUCUGAAAAUUAUACCUAUUAUGCUUUUUUUGAACAAGGAUCUGCAUACUACUACUAAUAUUUAAACCUGCAGAAGAAAGGGAAAACUGCUUUUCAGAUGGAGAUACGCCGUUUUCUUGUCAAUUCAAACCAGUCGAUGAUCAUUUGAGCUUACAUUGGAAGUGUAUUUUAUUGAUCUCCUGUGUUUUCUGUGUACAACUUGCUGAGGAUAAGCUCUUUAAGGUUUGUUGGAUAUGUUGAAUAUGAUUUCAUAUUUAGUGUUAUACAAAGUUUUAACAGCUUGUAGUAGUUUCAGGUAUGACAUCCGUGGAGUUCCUGUUAACACCAGCAUUCUCGUCUUCACCAUCGACAGAAUGUCCUCCGUUACAGUGUUAUCCCAACGAUAGAAACCGGUCCGUACGCUUACACGAAACAGUCCAUGUCACAAGAUCCAGUCAGGAACUGGUCGAACAUUGGUCUGGCAACUCGCAAUAAGACAGUUGUGCUUCUAGGAUGUUCACAUGGAAGCAUAUCCUGCUUGAAUCGACUCAUUUAACUCAAUGCACCCACCUGUACGAUGAUAUUCUUUGUCAGCACUUUUUUGUUGUUGUACUGUUUGAUGACCUCUGCAGUAUUGUCUUGUGUGACUGAUCCCCGGAUGCGUCAUCACAUGAUUUAUGUGGACUUGUAUGUAUGUAAGUAAGUUUUAGUCGUUAAGAAUGCAGAAUGCAUGUCUGAUGCCUUUCUGUGAUUGACCUGGCCAACUGCGCCAGUCUCUGUUUUUGAUUUUUACACCCUUGAAUAAUAGGUUUCUUUGAGAGGGCCAAUAUUGUUUUGCAUCAUCUUUUCAGUAACGUUAAUGGUUGUCCAGUUUUUUAAAAAGGAAUUAAAUGGGUAAUGAGUGCACACCUAGUUACUUGGAUAAAGGGAUGAGUCUUGAAUAAACCUGACUCCCGCACUUUGUAUCUUGCAGUAAUGAAGUGUUUAGUUUUGACAUUUCAGUCAAAAGACCUUCAUUAAGACAUGCUUCGAAGAUCGAAGCAUCAGCACAAAUGAACUCUGGAAUACAGCAAGAUUUGGUGUAGAGUCAUUUGCAUUUAUUGAAAAAGAAAAGGGAAUUUUAAAAAGCUAUGUGGUUUUGAAAGAAAUUAUUCAUUUGGAUUAAAGUUAAAUCUUCACUGUGGAAGAAACAUUAAUAUCUCAGUGACCUUGCACGUCUUAUCAAACUUGUUUUUAAAGUUUAAGGUUUACAGUGUGUCCGUCAUUUCAAAUAAUGUCACCAGAAGUUUAAAGAUAAUUCUCCUUAAAGAAAAGUUGCAUGCUUGUAUUUUAAUAGUUUUUUAUUAUUUGAAUAUGAUUCAGAGCUGCUAGAAAGACCCAUUAUAACAGCCAGCCUCUUUUCAGACUUUCACGUCACUGUUUUGCCAUGUCAGAGAACAGUGGUUCAGAAUGUUUCCUGUAUUUUCUUGGCUGUUAAGUUUGUACUUAGUGUGUACAAAUGUUAAAUAAACAUCUCAGUUGUGGUUUCUCCCA